CUCAGCGUUGCAAACUAUGGCUGCGGGCGAUAAACAACCCCAGAGUUGGAGAAGACACCGGGAAGGAAAUUAUAAAAGGAAAAACGAUAUGCAGUCUCCAUUUCAAACUGGAGGAUUUUGAUGGAAGACUUUUCGGCAAGAUAAGGUCCGCACUCAAACCAACUGCUGUUCCGUCCGUCUUCGCUGUGGGCCCGUGCCCAGAUGACGAACAGGCCGGGGCUUCUAAUGCACCUCCCGCAGCGAAACGCAGUCGCCUACAGAACGCUGAUAGUGGUCAUGGCGCAUUGACUCUCUCUGCAUCCUCCAACCCGCUGAAGACCUUCCCUUUGACAUCCACACCAGUGAAAACCUUUCCCUCGGACCAAGGACUAUCAACAUCGUGCCCCGACACACCUGGGACCCUUGAUUCAAGUUUUAGCACUGUGGGUGAGGCAGACGAAAACUACCAGCCCAACACAACUGUCACCCCCACGUCAACGUCUUCAUCAGAAGAUGAAGGCAUCAAUGACUGGCACGGAAAGAAGAUCAUUGUGAAUGAGUCCUGCUUGAUGUCACUUUUCAAAUUUUGCCAGAUGUGCGGCAAGCCUCUGUCAUCAAAAACUGUCUUUGACUGUGGGGCGCAAAGGAAGGUGACGUGGACAUGUCUUGCUGGACAUUCCGGGACAUGGAGAUCAUCGCCUGAAGUGAGGGGAAUGGCAGAGGUGAACCUCCUCGCAGCGGCAGCUGUUCAGUUCAGGGGUGGCACGUACACUGAACUGUCAGACUGGUGCAAGACCAUGAAUGUCCAAAUGAUCGCCAAGACUACAUUUUAUGAGAUGCAGAAGGCUUACUUGCACCCUGCCAUUGAAGACCUAUAUCAACAACAGAGAAAAUAAAUCAUGGCCAUAGUGUACCUAGAACAGGAGGAUGGGAAGAAGCUACACUUGUCAGGGGAUGGCCGGUGUGACACCCCAGGUUUCAGUGCCAAAAACUGCCAUUACACCUUCAUGUUGGACGACACCAAGGAGAUUAUUCACACAGAACUGCUGCAGGUAAAUAAAAGAUUAACACUGGAAAAUAAAAAUAUAUGUUAUUAUUGCUGCUGUGAAAAUUAUUAUUCAAUUCAAGUAAGUAUUCAACUUUAUUCUACAGAAGCUGGCAGCUCUGUUGCCAUGGAACCACUCGGUUUCAAAAGGGGCAUGAAGGAGAUCAUGGGUGAUGGCUUAGAUAUUGAGGUGAUGACCACGGACCGCUCAACAUCUAUACGCACGAUCAUGAGGGAAGAAUUCCCCAAUGUUCAGCAUGAGUUUGACAUCUGGCAUACAGCGAAAGGUUUGAGGAAGAAGAUACAGAGGAAAGGAGCAAUUAAAGGGAACGAAAUUCUUGCUGCAUGGAGCAGGUCAAUCAUAAACCACAUUUGGUUUACCUGUGCAACAAGCAAGGGUGAUGCAGAGAUACUGAAAUGCAGAUGGCAGUCCAUUCUACACCACGUGUGUAAUGAGCAUGAAUGGACAGAGGAUGAUGGACAAACAAACCGGUGUGGACAUCAUCCUCUAACAGCCCAGGAGCAAAGCAAGCGCCAAUGGAUGAAGAGGGAGUCUUCAGCGUUUGAAAAUCUCGAAUCGCUGGUAAAUGACAAAAGGCUUUUGAAAGACCUGGAACAGAUGGCCCUGUUCAAACACACUGGCCCGCUGGAGAUCUUUCACAGUGCAAUGCUCAAGUACCUCCCAAAAAGGCAGGGAUUCUCUUUCCAGGGAAUGAGAGAAAGGGGUCAUCUUGCAUGUUUGGAGCACAAUGAAAACUUUGUCAAAAGAAAGCAGGCCACAACCAAGACAGGACAACCACGCUUCAACCAAGUGUUUUGCAGGAGAUCCAAGCAGUGGGUCGUGAAGCAGAUUUUUAUUCCACACACCACCCAGUUCAUUGACACACUUGUCACAAGUGUCAUAACCAGAAGACGAAACCCAACGAUUCUAUAUAAGGUUUCAACAUCCUCACUUGCCCUGCCCCAGCCUGCGCUGCCACCUAACAUUGCACCAGUGCCAAAACCACCAAAGGAGGCGGCAGUGGCUGAAUUAAAAAGGCGCUUCUGAGAGGGACAUCUGACCUAUUUUAUCUAUUUAAACGUAUCUUUUAUAAAACAUUUGUUUUCAAUCUUAUCUUUGUAAAUAUUGGAUCAUUUUCCUUUGUGAAUAAAAUCUUAUUGUUUUUACUACCUUA